UUGUUAUACAAGAAGACAAUUCCAAAAAGGAGUAUGAAGUAGUUGGACGUUUUCCAUUAGCUGACCCUUGGUGGAAAGUUAAGGUUAAAGCUAAAGAAGUGAGGUCGAAGUACUUUGUGCAAGGAUAUCCAUCGUAUUUUCUGCGGAACAAUAUAGAAGAGAACAACCGACAAGUCUUUUCGCUCUUUCUUAAGGAAUGUGCCGUUCCUGAUGAUCUUAAAGGAAAGUUUUUUACUUGGCUUCCUAUGGAGUCUGUGCUGAGUUUCAGAAAUCUUGAAGAAAAGCUGAACCAGUUCCAAGUUUCAUACUUAAAGACAGAGAAGAAAGGAGACACUAAGCACUGUGACAUCUUCCGCUAUGUUUUGAAAUCAUUUGCAGGAAAGGCAGUGUUGGUAGCUCUGACUUUUCCGAUGAUACUGGAAUUUUUGCCAAUCCUUCUGCCAUGUCAUUUUUGCUGUCUGUUGGAUAUGGUGUGUUGGCAAAGAAAGACUGAAGGAAACAGUGAUACAGGGCAUGAGGAAAUACAUGUUCAAGACAAGAUGUUCAAGUUGAACGAGAUAUUAAAGAAUGAUCCAUGGAAACUUGGAUUCAGCAGGAUUAUCUAUAGGGAACUGAACCUUUCUUACUGUGAGGCAACGUGGGCUGCCUUCUGUCAGUGUGAACAACUCCUCUCGAAGAUUCCCGACUUGCAGAAGAAUGCAUUAAUUCUGUAUGAUCACCUCAAGAAACAGUGUAAAGAAAUGGGACACACUUAUGAAGAUCAAGAUGAACUAGCUGAUUUUGUAUCUAAAGAUAUGUCCAUUGACCUUGCUUGGAAAUCUCUUGAAUUUUUGAAAGAUCAGAAUGUAGUGAUUAGGGAGAAAAAAACAGUGUUUCUGCCUCAUCUUUACAAAGCUGAAAAGGACAUUGCAAUGUGCGUAGGUGACCUUCUGUCAAACCACUCGUGGAAACUGGAUGUUGAUGUGAGAAAGAUACUUAACGUUGCUGCAAUAUCAAGAGAAGUGGUAGAUAACAAAACGAAUGAUGCCCAGGCUCAUGAAGUGGAACGGCUGAAGGAAAAUAAUCCAGACAACCAUAACUGUGAAAAUGACUUCCCUGAAAAGGAAGCGGAGUCGACAUCUGGUACCCAGAGUAAAGCAGAGGUGGACUCAGAUCAGGAGAUUGCCAUGCAGAGGAUUUGUUCUAAUGCCGUCACAAUCAUAAGUGGAAAGGGAGGCUGUGGGAAGAGUACAAUAGUUAGCUGCCUUUUUCGUCACUUAAAGCAGAUGGAAAAAGAAGUGGAAGCUGCUUCUAAGGACUUUGAAGAAGACCUGGAUGCGUCAGAGGAAUGGAAUACCUUUGAUCAUCAUUGUGAGUCAGAGAACAUGCACACAAAAAAACUGAACGUACUAUUUACGGCACCUACAGGGAGGGCAGCAAGCCUUUUGAGCGAAAAAACUAAGCUUCCUGCUUAUACACUGCAUCAGAUCAUCUAUAGCUUCAAAUCGUGGAGGCAGAGUGAGCAAGUACAGCCAUGGAAGUUUUCUACUGUGACAGUUCUGAUUGUGGAUGAAGGAAGUUUGGUGUCUGUUCACAUUCUUAGUGUAGUUUUAAAACUCUUGUGUAAGCAUGCUCAGCUUGCCAAACUUAUUAUUUUAGGUGAUACGAGACAGCUACCGAGCAUAGACCCAGGAAACAUGUUGGCUGAUAUCUUUGAGGGUCUAAAAUCAAGAGGCUGUUCUGUGGAACUGCGAACUAAUCACAGAGCUGAAUCGCAACUAAUUGUAGAUAAUGCCUCAAGAAUCUCCCAGCGGAAGUUUCCUGUAUUUGAUGAGGUGCUGCAAGUUACUGAUUGGAAUGAGGAAAUGGCAAUGCCAAGCCCAGAGAAGAAAUUCAUUCUUAUUGCUUUGCCCACUGGCGGGGGUUGUGACAAUUUGCAAACUGCCAUAAAGGCUUUACUUAAAAAAGGACCAGGAUUGCAGGAUGCCAAACAGUCACAGUUCAUCGCUUUCCGAAGGCAAGACUGCGAUCUGAUAAAUGAACUUUGUUGCCUACACUAUUCAGACCAUGUAACCAGAGACAAUAAAAACCGACUUUUGUUUCAAAUUCAUGACAAGAUUUCCUGCGUGCGGAAUACGUAUCUCAAGGAUCUCCUGCCAGAUGGUGGCUUGAGAGAGGAUCCGCAUCGCUGUGAAUGCAAAAGUGCAGGAACCUCCUCUACAGAGCCUGCCGAGGAGGGCAAACGACUGUGCAACGGGGACAUAUUUUUCAUAACGGAUGACACAGAAAUUCAGAAACAGCGCUUGCUGACCAUCAGCAGCACGUACGGCUCCACUUUCACAGUGAAGUACAAGGCGCUGAAGAAACUGUGUCACAUAAAACAUGCGUGGGCCAGAACUAUUCACACGUUUCAG